AUGGGAUUGAGGUGUAUCCAAAUUAAUCUGCAACAUGCGAAGGCUGCCUCGACAGUACUAAGCCACAGAUUCAAUAAGGAACACCUUGAUAUAGCCUUUAUCCAGGAACCUUACAUAGUGAAAGACCAGAUAAAAGGCCUAUCAGGUGAGCUGAUUUAUGAUUCUAGUAGUGAAGGUAGACCUAGAGCUUGCAUUAUGAUAAAUAAAUCUAUAAUAACCAUUCCUAUUCCACAGUACGCCAACAAGGACAUGGUACCAGCUAUCAUCCAGCUGCACACCUCGGAGGGUAGGUCAGAAGCUGUCAUCUGCUCAGUCUACCUGGCAGGGGAUUCUGCCGACCUAAGCUUCACACCACUGCAGGAUCUUAUAGACUACUGUGGCAGAACAGGCCGGCAAAUCAUCACUAGUUGUGAUGCUAACGCCCACCACACUGUAUGGGGCAGCUCCAACAUAAACAAAAGGGGUAAUGCUAUACAAAACUGGCAUUUUUCGACUGAAACAUCAAUGUCAGAUCACCGGCAAAUUAGCUUUGAUAUAUGUAUAGAAUCAAAACUCCCCUUAACGUACAGACAACCGAGAGCGACGAACUGGGACGACUACUGCCUAGAAAUCUCGCAAACGAUCAGAAACUGUCCAAACAGCAUCAGAGACAUUGACAGCCUCGAAAUAAGCUGCAACAGUCUUAAUGCAACAAUCACCACUGCCUACCAUAACGCAUGCCCAGAGAAAACGAAAUCAGGCACACGAAAAACACCAUGGUGGAAUGCCAAGCUCUCAAAGCUAAGAACGCUGACCAGAAAACUAUUCAACAAAGCCAAGCGCAAUGGAGACUGGACAUCAUACCGCACUUCUCUAACCAACUACAAUACAGAGAUUAGAAGAGCCAAAAGAGAAUCAUGGAAAAAGUUCUGCAAUGAUCUAUCCGAUAUACAAAGCAGCGCUCGCAUCCACAGAAUUCUCGCUAAAGAGCACACUAAUCAUAUUGGUCUCUUAAAAAACACGGAUGGCAUGCGUGAGGAAAAUGGUCCAGAUACGUUACAAAUCCUUACGGACACUCACUUUCCAAACUCUGUAGUCAUACCCUCAGAUCUAUCUAGUCCUUCUCCCCAGUUCAGGCUUACCAGACCAAACAGAGAGGACUGGAAAAGAGCAAGAGAUAUGUUCUAUGAGGGAAAUAUAAAAUGGGCAAUAAAUUCCUUCGACCCAUAUAAAUCUCCCGGAGAAGAUGGAAUCUUUCCAGCACUCCUUCAGAAAGGAAAUGAGUUAAUUACACCUAUGCUAAUAAACAUAUUUAGAACAAGCUACGCAUGGGGUUACUUACCAACAAGCUAG